AUGUUUACAGGUCAUGUCACUAGUGCUGUAAUAGCAUUUUUUUUUUCAUCAUUUGGGUGGGCAACUGUUGGAGGAUCUUUAUGCCUUAGACCAACAUUUUUAACAAAAUGUCAACCAGAUCCAUCAUUAACAGCAAAUGCUUCGUCAGGUCAAUAUUUUACAAAUGAUGUUUGUACAGGAGAAUUAGAAAGUACUGAAUUUCAAGGUGGACAUUCAACAACCGCGUUUGGUGGAUGGGUUUUCUUCAUAUUAUAUAUAAAUGGUAAAGCAAAGGUUUUAAUUUUAUGCCUUCCAUUAUUAUUUGCAUCAUGGGUUUCAAUUACAAGAAUAAAUGAUUUCAGUCAUUUUCCAUUUCAAGUUAUAACAGGUGUAAUUCUAGGAAUUUUUUCAGGUUUAAUAUCUUAUAGAUUACAUUUUGGUAAUUCAGAUUGGUUUAUCGGAAAUGGGAAUUAUCUGGAUCAUAUACCUGCACACUAUAAAUUUAUAGAAGAUUGGAAUAGUGAAGAUGAGGAUGAGGAGAGAGGAAAUAGUAGAAAUGGAAAUGUUGCAAGAGAAGUUGAUAAUGAAGCUAUUGCUUUAUCAGCAUGGCCGGAAGUGCUAAUAUUUUCUUGCAUAAUAGCCCCAAAAGCCAGAAAAUUGUAA